AUGUACUACAUGUAUAACAUAUACGCACGCAUGGACUGGGCUUUGGGUGCCAAGGCAGGCCAAAAGGUCAAGGGCCUAACUCCUAGAGACCAGACUAACGUUCCGGCCUUCAAGGCUUUUGCCCUUUCCCGCCUACCUUCCGCCUACUUUCCGCCAACCUUUGAGCCUGGGCACUUCUCGCCAGACGACGUCCAUUCUUUCUCUUUUGGCCCUGCCGCCGCCGCAACAACACCCUUUCCCCGUCACCCAACGCCUUUACGCCUACCACCACCACCACCACCACCACCACACUACCACUACCACCACCACCACACUACCACUACCACUACCACAGCCAACCCCCCCCCCUCGCUCACCCUCUCUGCGCCAUUCCAAUUGCGCCGACUGCGACUGCACCCUUCGCCUCCAUCUACGCCCCAGCCAUGCGAUAGUCGACCAUUCCCACCCAGCACUCACCUUCUACCUUCUUUCACCCUCGGCGAUCGAUCAAAGUCCUUGUACCUGGCCCUGCGCCCACCUUCCCUUUCGCCCCUCUCCUUCCUCGCCAGAGGCCUGUCUAUUCUCACCUGCCCCAUCACCUGGCCACAGAAGCGAUUAGGCAUUCUCAUCAUGGAUUCCAGCAGCGCGCCCAACCCAGCGGCCGCGGCUCGAGAAGGCGACAGCAAGAAGCGCGAUCGCGACGGCAUCCUGCUCAAUGGCGACCGAAUCGAGGCGCGCCGAGACACACCAGCCGGCCCCUCUGUCAAUGCCCGCUCGACCCAAGGCGCUGGCAUGAAUGGCGCAUCCAUGGCCGUGGCUGGGCCAGGUGGCUCUAUGCCUGACCAAUACCCGGAACAACCUCCCGAAAUCCACCACAUCCCCUCGGAACUCUACAACCCCCUCUCCGUCCUGCUCGAGCGGAUAGCGCAAGAGUGCUACAAUGAUCUUACCGACCUCCUCACCAACAUGGCCGACCUGCCCCUGGCUCCCACCUCCAACGGCGCCCUACCCAACGGACUGGGCAGUCAUGGCCAGGAGAAUGCCGAGGCGAACAAACGGAAGAAAUUGAUGCUGCUCAAGUUCGCUCAGGACAAUCGGUCCAAGUUCAUCAAACUGCUUGUACUGACAGAAUGGGGCAAAAAGGCCGCACACGAUGUCUCCAAACUCAUCGACUUGUUCGCCUGGACCCAGGAGCAAAACGCGCACAUGGAAUGUCUCGACGAACAACUUCAGCGCAUCAAGAUCCAUUCCAACAUGGCCCGAGAGAACAACCCGGACAUCAACACGGCGCUCGAGAUCCUCUCCACGGCCAAGGCCUCUUGGAUGCCUGCUCUCGACUACCUUCCCGCUGAGCCCAUCUCUUCCGAACAGGCCCUCACGCUGCUGCAACACAUGAACACCUCGCUUUCCAUACGCCUGAACCUCCACGAAAAUCUCCCACGCCAUCUACGAAACUGGAGGAUACAUUCUGGACGCGCCACAUUUGUAAUCCCAAACGAGUUCGAGUUUGAUGUCAUCUCCUUUGUCGAAGAUGCUUCCUCGCAGUGGUCCUUCAUCGACAUACGCCUACUCUUCUCUCCCGCCCCGGUCAUCACCGUCGGAAGUCCAUUUUUCAUGACGCUCAAGUACAAGGCCGACGAGGUGUUGGGCAAAUCCGGCCUGUCCGGCCUCUUCGAUUACCUGCAAAACUUCAUUCUCACGCACAAGAUCUCCGUGCUCCGAUCACAGGCGGUCGGGCUUGUCCGUUUAGGCCGCGCCGCAUCCCUCAAAGUGGAGCCUGUUCAUCGUGAGCUCAUUGUACAAUACUGGAUGAAUAGGCCGGGGAAGAAGAACUGGAUCGAUAUUGGUGUAUCUCACAACAGGCCAAAAAAUGGCAAAGUCUCGUGGCGGGGUCCUCCACUGCCCACGCUCGAAGCGCGCUGGUUUCGUGAGGGCAAGGAAGUAAAGGACGCCGAGUUGUCGUUGGACUGGUCAGAUUUGUCCAUGGAACGAAUCGUCAAGCAAAUCACGGCACGCCACACCAACGACAUACUACGAGCGACCCAGGAGAGCAUCAAGUUGAAGUUGCGUGUCGAAUUGCAGACUUCGGAGACAGAACCUGCCGACUGUAGGCUCAGGACCACCCUGGGACCAAAGUCCAACUCGCUUACCAUGUCACUGGAACCCGUCACUGGCCGCUACCUUCUCAGGCCGGCGAAUGCUACCACAGCACGCGCAGAGAAUGCUUUCAACCAGGGUCGGGAGCCAGCUGCCAUUGGCCACAUCUUGACCCAAGCUCUGGCUCAGUCACUACUGCUCUCCAUUCAGAGUGUAGCCAGCCAGCUCGGAUGGCAGGCAGUAUCGAGACGGACAUUGCAAGCCAAGGUGGUCAAAGAGGCUGUGAAUCUGGAUGUCAUCCAGUACUCGCUAUACUGCCCACGCGGCUGGUCGGCGCAAUGGGCGCUCGGUGCGAUCAUAGACACCAACGGCGAGUCUUGGUGGGUCUUGGAGUUGAAUUCGACGGGUUCUGCUGUCGAAUAUGCAGAAGAGAUCAAGAUGAAGAGACCAGAGGGAAGCUCAUUGUCCGUUGACCGAAAGACCUUGGCUAGCCUUGCCAGAGUCGCUGUGCAACUCAUCUCCUUCCGUGUGACAGCACGACAGUUGAGCAAGGAAAAGAAGUCGUGCAGCCUUCGAUACGAAUUCGCGCGCGCCAGCACAUCCGCCGUCACCAAGAACGUUGCUCGCGGAUGGGCUCUCCACAUACAGACCUCGGAUCUCAUAGUCACGCGAUCUGACGAGCAACCCUGGCUCGAGUCCACCGUGGCCGUUCACUGUGAGGGACUUCGAGCAGGAGGUCAGCACGUCUGGCACAUCGCCAGUGGGCGCAUGCUGCCAUCCGCUGCCGCAGACAUGCAAAAACUCAUGGCUGCAUCCCCACCCUCGACCUUUAGCUUCUCGGAAGACGGCCGUUUCCGCAUCCUCCUCUCCACUCCCUUUGGCCACAACAUCCUCGACGAACUACGUGCGCGCCUCCGUGAUGUAAACCGUCUCCGCUCUUUUGCCACAACCCUCCAGAAACGACGGAUGCGUCUGGGUGCCUCCUCCUUGCAGAGGGUGCAGUUUGAGUACGGCCCUGGACCACUGGUCGCCGCUAUCAACUUUGCCUCGGAGAAUGAAUUCACGGUUGAAAUGUCCCCCAAAAAUCCACACUACCGCAUCUUACAUCUCCUGACCGCCAUCGCAAACGACCGAAUGCCCGGCCUCCCCGCCUCAUUAGAAGGCAGCGACACAAACGGACUAGAUCGUUUCUGCACCUCGCUCAUGCUCACCCGCUCCAUGCUCAAAGUGCUCGCCGAACUGGAAACACGGACGCCCGGCAACGUCAAGAACCCCGCCGUGCACGUCCACUCGCUCUUCAAAUACAGACUGACGUACGAGAACCCAGUCUGCACCUUCGACAUGCGUCUCCAACCCAAAGACGACAGCGUCUUCUGGCUCAUCGAGGACAACUACCGCACUCGCGGCCAGGAAACGCGACCGAGUCCCGAGCGCACACCCGGCCACCGUCGUCUAGACGACCUCCAGGCCAAGCUCAAGGAGCUCUUCAGCACAAAGAGCACAGGCUGGUUCGGCACGCGAAACGGCAUGGUAGCCGAAUUAGACGCCGUGCCCGAUGCGCUACGCAAGCUCGACGCCUGUGUGCUGGAGUGUACAAUGGAGGGCGGAUACAAAGCCCCCCCGCCGGAACAACCGGCCUCUCAAGCGCAGAUGAAUACUGCACAGCCAGGGCAGCAACACUUGCAAAACCAACAUGCCCAUCACCAACAGCAGCAGCAACAGCAGCAGCAACAGCAACAGCAACAGCAACAGCAACAGCAACAAAAGCAGCAGCAGCAGCAAGUAAACCAACAACGCAUACAACAACACCAACACCGCCAACAACAACAACAACACCUCCACCAUCAACAACAGCAACAACAAAACCACACCCUGGCCCUCUCCCACGCUCAAUCCCAACAUCGAAAACAACUCCAACACCAGUCUCGCACUCAUCUUCCCAACCAAAGACCACCCCCUCCACCACCGCAACAACAACUUCAACAACAUCGCCCCGCCCCAGGCUCGGCUCCGCCUGGUUCGGCACUAGCGCAACCUCCUUCGAGACAGCCGGGGCAGAGUAAAUCAGAUGUCAUUACUAUUGAUUGA